AUGACACGUGCAUUCGUCGCGCUGGUCGUCUUCGCAUGUCUCGCCACGGUGUUCUGCUAUUCACAACUCUAUGAUGACUUCUCGGUUGUCCUUCAAAAGCACCGAUACAAGAAGUCUAAAUACAAACCGCCAAACGCACGGGAAAUCGUCGCCAGGUGUCAGCAGUUGCAAGCGAAGACCGAGACGGCGGACGUGGAUUAUUGGGAAGAGUUCCGGCGUCGACGCACAACAUCAGACAGAUUUGAACGCGGUACCAAACCUGUACUUAUCAAGAACGGGAAGAUUUGGACCGGUCGAAGGAAUGGUACAGAGGUCAUCUACGCCGACGUGCUGUUGAACAAAGGGAUCAUCAAGGAGGUUGGAUACCUGGAUAUCGCAUCCUUGCAGGAGACUUUUGGUGAUGACCUCCUCGUUGCGGAUGUCCAAGGCGCUUGGAUAACACCUGGAAUCGUUGACAUCCAUUCUCACAUUGGCAACGCCCCAUUGCCUCUAUUGGACGGUGCUCACGACGUUGACUCUUUGAAGAAUAUUGCGGCACCCUGGCUUCGAAGUUUAGACGGGCUCAACACUCACGACGAGUCGUACCCUUUGUCCAUUGCAGGAGGCGUGACAACCGCCCUUGUCUUGCCUGGGUCAGAGGCCGCCAUAGGUGGCCAAGCUUUCGUGGUGAAGCUUCGCGAGACUUCCGAACGUUCUCCCUCCGCAAUGCUCGUAGAGCCUCCGUACCACAUCAAUACAUCCUUUCCCAACCCCAACCUCCCGCCAAGGUGGCGCUACAUGAAGCACGCGUGCGGUGAAACCCCACACGAAGCUUUCAAGUCAACGCGGAUGGAUACGAUGUGGGCAUUCAGAGAGGCUUACAACACCGCCAAGAGAAUCAAAGAGAAGCAGGACCAAUUCUGCUCUCGAGUUCUUUCGAAAAACGUGAAUUGGAAAGAGCUUGGCGAAUUCCCUGAUCCUCUCCAAUGGGAAGCUCUGGUGGAUGUUCUAAGAGGGAGAGUCAAGCUCAAUGUUCAUUGUUACGAAGCAGUGGACCUUGAUGCGAUGGUCAGGUUGUCCAACGAGUUCAAGUUUCCAAUCGCGGCUUUCCAUCAUGCUAGCGAGGCUUAUCUGGUCCCGGAAGUCCUGAAAAGAGCACACGGGAAAACGCCUGCUGUAGCCCUGUUCGCCAGUGCCGCUCGGUAUAAACGAGAAGCAUACCGUGCAUCAGAAUUCGCCCCUCGUAUUCUCGCACAGAACGGCAUCACUGUCGUAAUGAAGAGCGACCAUCCCCUCCAGGACUCCCGCCGUUUGUUGUACGAGGCUCAGCAAGCAUACUAUUAUGGUCUUCCAUGGAAUCUCGCUCUGGCUUCUGUGACCACCAAUCCAGCAGAGGUUAUGGGACUGAGUCACCGCAUCGGUUAUGUCAGAGAAGGAUUCGACGCUGACAUUGUCGUUUGGGAUUCUCACCCCUUGGCGUUGGGUGCGACCCCGGCUCAAGUCUUCAUCGAUGGAAUUCCCCAGCUGGAGGAGCCACAGGUGACUCGAAAGCCUCACAACUUCCAACGACUACCCAAAGUGCCCAAUUUCGACAAGGAGGCGGCCGAAGUUCUGAAGUAUGACGGCCUGCCACCUCUGGAACCAAAGCAAUCAUCGGAAGAAACGACUGUCUUUACGAACGUCAAGUCGGUUUUCAAACGUACACGGGAAGGAAUCACUUCAGUGCUCUCUGUAGAGGAAGGCGACGGAACGGGUGUUGUGGUGGUAACUGGAGGAACUAUGACUUGCAUAGGCACACACAUCGCCUGUGACAUUGCAGCUGUCAACAGCGGCGGUAUCCGCCCUCCUAUCGUUGAUCUCGAUGGUGGAAGCAUCGCUCCGGGAUUCUUGACGUUUGGCUCACCGCUCGGAUUACAAAAUAUUGCAGCUGAAGCGUCGACCAACGACGGGGACAUCCUCGACCCGCUGGUCAACAGCCUCCCCAACAUUAUGGGAGGGGAUACUGCCAUUGUCCGGGCUUCCGACGGUCUUGAAUUUGCCAGCCGAGAUGCUUUCCUUGCAUAUCGGACUGGGGUUACUACUGCCGUCACUGCCCCGAAGUCUGACGGAUUUUAUGGGGGGCUUGGAGUCCACUUCUCCACGGGUGCAAGGAACAGGUUAGAACCUGGAGCUGUCCUCCAGGAGGUCACGGCGAUGCAUGUGUCUAUCAAGCAUAUCGGGAAGCCCAGCGUCAGCACGCAAAUUGCGGCGCUUCGUAGGCUCUUGUCUGGCAAAGUGGAAGGAGCGGCGGGCCACUACUUUGGCAAAGUGAGAGACGGACGUCUUCCACUCGUUGUUGAGGCUCACAGUGCCGAUGUCAUUGCGACGCUUCUCAUUCUCAAGCAACAAGUAGAGUUGGAUGCCCGCAAGUCUAUACAGAUGACAAUCACAGGGGCCUCGGAAGCCCAUCUGCUGGCCAAGGAGCUCGCCAAUGCGGGUGUUGGCGUAGUACUGUCACCUUCUCGCCCUUUCCCCGCUACCUGGGAAGAUCGUCGCAUUUUACCUGGACCUCCGUUGACCAACAAGACCGCACUGACAACGCUUUUGGACGAGGGCGUCCUGGUGGGUAUCGGGUGCCUGUCGAUAUGGGAGGCCAGGAACCUUCCCUUCGAUUUGACUUGGGCUGCGAUAGACGCUGGUGGCCGAAUGACUCGCGAAGAAGUUUUCGCCAUUGGUUCGACCAACCUUGAAACCUUGCUGGGUGUGAAAAGGGACCCGGAUCUCGUCGAAUUGGUUGCUACCCGCGGUGGUGACCUUCUCGACGCUCAUUCUAAAGUUGCCGCCAUGAUCUCCCCCCGGGGAAAGGCGAUUUAUCUCAUGGACACGGACUAUUAG